AUGGGAAUAUGUGACCCAGAAGGAGCUACUCUUGGUACUGUAUAUUUUGUAUUUUCAACAGCUUUCCUAUUUGGAUGGUUUCACGAAGGUUGGGAAGACGGAUUUCCACGCGGACGCGCAUACAUUGCAAUUGCUGGAAUAAUGGCCAUGACAUUUGGCGACGCGUUUGCCAGUAUAAUAGGCAAAACAUAUGGAGCACGCAACUAUCGAGUUAUAGGAGAUUCUCGUAGGCGUAAAACCAUUGAAGGUUCACUAGCAAAUUUCAUUGCAACGUUUUUUUCGGUACUCGUCUUUUGGUGGAUAAUGACUCCUCCUGCUUUAUCAACUUGGAAUUACUUUACUGGAGCUUUUGUUUCUGCAAUUGCUAGCACUUGUUUUGAAUCGAUAAGUCCAAUGGGGAUUGAUAAUAUAACCGUACCAUUAGGUGUAGCUUUUAUUUUAUCUUUCUUGGGUUAUUGA